AUGCUGCGUCGCUUUGAGCGCAAAGCCCCUUCUACUUAUAAUGGUAAUAGUAGCAACAGCUCUGAACCAGGGGAGAUACCGAACUUGGGGUUAGGUGACCGAAUUGCAAAAAAGGGGAAAAGAACAAGAAAGUUGAAGUUCAUCUCCAAGUCUUUUGCCAGCAAGUCCCCCGAAGAAUCCAAGGUGGCCAGUGACCUCAGUUUUGAGCCGGAGAAGGGCCCCAACCCUGAAGCUGGAAAUGGGCAAGACUUUCACGUGAAAAAAGGCAUAGAUUCUCUCAAGGAGAUGACUGGAUCCCACCUAGAAAGGGCAAAAGUGGACAGCGGGACAGAGCACAGACUUCCAAAGACAGACACUCCUCUGACCACAAACAAUGACAAAUGCCACUUCUCAAAAGCUAGGAAGACCGACUUCCAAUCGGGUGAUUGCCUGGUACAGGUGGAAUCACCUUGUAGACUUAUUCGGCCAUCCGUCAUUUCUGUCAUUGGAUUAUACCAUCAAAAAGGCAAGAGACUUGGCUUUACCAUUGCUGGAGGGCGAGACUGCAUUCGUGGACCCAUGGGGAUUUUUGUCAAGACCAUCUUCCCACAUGGAUUAGCUGCGGAGGAUGGAAGACUCAAAGAAGGGGAUGAGAUCCUUUCUAUAAAUGAAACACCAAUAAAGGGCUUGACCUUUCAAGAAGCCAUUCAGACCUUGAAGCAAAACCGGAGAGGAUUGUUUGUCUUAACCGUCAGCACAGAGUUGCUGAGCCCCGAACUCACGACCUCCUCAACAGCCACACACAUGAACAGAUCCGACUCCCCGAACUUCCUCAACAAUGCGGGAGCCUCUCUGAGAGGCUCUGAUGAAGGCAGUUCUUCAUUCUGGGGUCGGAGGACUCCUGGGCCUAAGGACAGAAUUGUCAUGGAAGUAACACUCCACAAAGAGCCAAGAAUUGGAUUAGGCAUUGGUCCCUGCUGCUUGGCUCUAGAAAACAGCGCUCCAGGCAUCUACAUUCACAGCCUUGCCCCAGGAUCAGUGGCCAAGUUGAGGAGCAACCUGAGCCGUGGAGAUCAAAUCCUGGAAGUGAACUCGAUCAAUGUCCGGUAUGCUGUUUUAAGCAAGGUCCAUACCAUCUUAAGCCAAUGCCCUCCAGGACCCGUACGCCUUGUCAUCAGCCGGCACCCUAAUCCAAAGGUUUCCGAGAAGGAAAUGGAUGAAGCAAUAGCACGCAGCACUACCCAGGAGAGCAAGGAGGCCAAUUCUUCUGGCUUAGGUUCCCUGUCGAAGAGUGCCUCUUUUGCAAAAAGGGAUUCCCCUGUUUCUGAAUCUGAUCGCUCCCCGGACUUCAUCCACGAUGUCCCUGGCCCCUUGUCAGACUUGAUGGCGGCCGGCUCUGAGGACGAGGAUUGCCCAGGAAGUGGCUACAGCAUAUCACAGGCCAGCACAUUGCCUUCCUGCACCUCUGGGCUGGAGAGAUCCCCCGACCUCCCUUCAUCAAGGAAGAAGGGGGCCACUCAUCCUGACCCCAGCAAACCCUUGGCAGACGCAGGUCAAGGCAGUCAACCCGAGCACCCCAGCCAGCCACCCAGGCUCUCCGAGUCCAAGCUCAUAAUUUCUGAUACACUUGCCCACAAGGGCAGCACAUUCCCAGGGGAGAAGACAGCAGUUCCUCCUGAGUGCAGCAAGACUCUGGCAGCUUCAGAAGACAGCUGGCCCUGCAGCACUGGUUCUCAAAACCUGUCUCUCUCAGUCUCCCGCCAUAUAACCCUUCAUGCCUGA